UCCCUCCUAAACCCACUGUGCAGGUCAUGGCAAGUGGCGCCUGAACAGGUACUUGAGAAGGUUCGCCUGAGGGGAACGAAGUGAAGUGGAAGUUCACUGAACGCACAAGCCUGUGCCAGCUGUGGAGUUGCAACCGAAACUCCUCCAAGCCUGUGUGGAUUCCUGCAAGGAACAUCAAACUUCAACAUGGAUCCACGGGAGGAACUGACCAAAAUAUUGAAGACCUUGCACCCGGAACCUCAACCUGUACCUCCUCAACCUGUACCUCCUCAACCUGUACCACCUCAACCUGUACCACCUCAACCUGUACCACCUCAAUCUGUACCUGUGGCCACAGACAAUCAAACACCCUACCCCAAGGUAGUACUAACCCCAAGCCUCGUGCAGAGGCUAAGGAAUACGAGGCGAACGAAGCAGACAAGAAACAGUUUGGAAAUGACAUGGGGGAUGGUGAAGAAGACAAUUCAGAAAGCUGAGCAAGUUUGUGAGGAUACAAGAAUCCCGAGAACACCUGAGAAUGUUUUCCUUGCCACGCUAGCAGUCAUCAGUUGUGCGGCCUCCUCAGAAACUGGAGAACAAGCGCCUGGAGCCCUUCCGAGCAGCUGCUACCCUGGUGGAGGGCAAUAUGGCAGCGGGGUACCCCCUGGUGGUGGUUAUGGAGGAGCUCCUGCCCCUGGAGGGCCUUAUGGAUACCCCAACCCUGGGGGCCUCCCCUCUGGAGCUCCAGGAGGACCCUAUGGUGGUGCAGCCCCAGGGACCCCCUAUGGUCAGCCACCUCCAAAUCCCUACGGUGCCCCGCCUCCUGCGCCUUAUGGACAGGGACCUCCUCCAGGUGGCGCCCCCCCCAAUGUGGAUCCUGAGGCGUACUCCUGGUUCCAGUCAGUGGACUCCGAUCACAGUGGCUACAUCUCUGUCAAGGAGCUGAAGCAGGCCCUGGUCAACUCCAACUGGUCCACGUUCAAUGACGAGACAUGCCUCAUGAUGAUAAACAUGUUUGAUAAGACCAAGGCAGGCCGCAUUGACGUCCACGGCUUCUCAGCCCUGUGGAAGUUCAUCCAGCACUGGAAGAACCUCUUCCAGCAGUACGACCGAGACCGCUCGGGCUCCAUCAGCUACACAGAGCUGCAGCAAGCUCUGUCCCAAAUGGGCUACAACCUGAGCCCCCAGUUCAGCCAGCUCCUGGUCUCCCGCUACUGCCCGCGCUCCGCCAGCCCCGCCAUGCAGCUAGACCGCUUCAUCCAGGUGUGCACCCAGCUGCAGGUGCUGACCGAGGCCUUCCGGGAGAAGGACACAGCCAUGCAGGGCAACGUUCGGCUCAGCUUCGAGGACUUCGUCACCAUGACCGCUUCUCGGAUGCUCUGACCCAGCCCAUCCGUAGAGUGGCGUGCACUGGGGACCUCUCCUGGCUUUGGAGUGGGAGAAGCAUGUGGCCGCUCUCCUUUUCCUGCUCCUCCUGAUACAGCGCUGUUCGCCGAGAGGGCCGGGACCCCUGUGUCAUAGCCACCAAAGAGAGGGGUCCUGGGCUUGACGUAGGAGAGGACUGGAAGUUACAGAUCCUUUCAGCCCUGAGCAUGUAAGUGGCACAGCCUUGCAGCAGGAGCCGGAGAUGCCAGUCAUUGUGAUCGGCUGAGCUCCAGCCUCUAUCUUUCCCUUCUGUGCCCCGACAUAAGUGUUCAUCAGCGUUUUACCAUGAGCACCUGUGUCCCCGAACCCGCUCAGUCCUAUCAAAUGAAGCCAGUUUCUCCAAAGUGGAAUCUGACCAAGCGUGAAAAAGAUGUGCCCAAGGGACCAGGGGCUUGCAUCCCCCCCCAUCCCCCCCACCCCUCCCCCAGGCCCACAGUCGUGUGUGUCAACUCCUAGCCACCUGGGGCUGUCCCUGCUCGGGGAGUUGGGGCAGUCUGCUCUCUGGGCAUGUUGGGCCAGGCUGCUGCACUCCUCAGCUCGGACCCCUCCCUUGCCCACCACUCUGCCUGGCUUCAGUCCCCAGGGGACAGUUGCCACCUCCCUCUGCCAAUGCCCUUUUCAUUCAGAGCCAAAAGUUCAGUGAAACUGUAAGCUUCAAUAAAAGGAUGAACUCUGUUCCACAUUUUCCACCA